AUGCCGGUACCUUACAUUGACACACCGCGAACCGAGAUAGACGGAAACGCGACCUAUUUAACGAACGGACUUCGAAGCGUCUACCGUGGCAAUCUAUCGGCCCUGGACUCAGUGGAAAACUCUUUUCAGACACCUUCGAAAGAUGAAAAUAUUAUAAAGACUAUGGAGGCCCGGAGACACGCUGCGAAUGGAGGAGGAACUCAGACACCGCGCGCAUCUGGUACCGGAGCAAGAAGCUCACGCAAUGGCCUCAAUGACCGCAGAACGCUACCAGCGAACCCACCACCAAAAGGCGAAUUCACACCAAUGAUGCGGAGCGUGACGCGAAAUAAUUAUCUUCGAAAUAUGUCGGCACUGAGAGGCAGUGGCGUUCCUAAGACCCCGGCGUACCUCAAAGAUGGCUAUCGUAGUAACGGGAACACCCCGGGGCUUCCAGCAAUUGAUGCGACCAAUAUUUAUGAGGACGGUGGAACAACUUCGAUGGCCAUGGACGAUGUUACGCCUCUACCGCAAGUCGCUAGUAGUAGCCCAAAUGGCACGCCGCUUCCAUCCUUUUCGCGUAAGGGGGGUGCUGGAGGAGUGCUGGAUACAGACCAGAACAUGCUAUCAUUGAAAGAGCAAGAGAAUGCAAUCAACAAACUCGACAAAGAGAAUUUUGGUCUGAAGUUGAAAAUUCAUUAUCUCGAAGAGCAACUUAAAAAAGCCGGUCCAGGAUACAACCAGGCAGCACUCAAGGAAAAUACUGAGCUAAAGGUCGCAAGGAUCACGAUGCAGCAAGAAAUAUCACGCUAUAAGAAAAGCCUCCAUCAAGCGGAGCGUGACUUGGAAGCAUACCGCCUACAACUUCAAGAACUCCGCGAAAAGGCAAAGCGAAGACAGGCGGAUGAGGCUAUACAGCGAGAAAUGGACUAUAUGCGUGAAGAGAUUGCAACUCGUGAAGCGCAAGUCAACAACCUUCAGGAAGAGCUACGCAACGUCAAGGAUAAGGACUCCGAUGAGGUAGAGCGCUUGCGCGACGAAAUUGGAGACCUCGAAGCAACACUACGUGAGAAAGACCGGAUAAUUGAUGCCAAGGACGAAGAGAUUGAAAGCUUAAAGGAAGAUGAAGGCCAGAACGGCAAUGCUGUUGCUGAAUUAGAAGCUGAGCUGGACCGGGCAAGACAACAGUUGGAGGAGUUCCAGGAUCACAUUGAGAAAGCUAGAUCUGAUGCACGCGAAGCAAAUCGUAAUCGGGAGCAAGCUCUUCAGCAAAAAGAGAAGGCGGAGGAGAACCUUAAAGAACUUCAAGAAGAGAUGGCAAACAAGUCUUUCUCCACCAAAGGGCUCAGUCGACAGCUUGAAGAAAAGGCUGAAGAUCUCGAAAAGGAGCUUAAUCAGCUUCGUGAGGAAUACAACGAUUUGAAGGAAGAUUACGCCUUGAAAGAGCGCCGAGAAGAGAUGCUCGAAGGACAGCUAGAGGAGGUUCAAGAAGAGCGUGCAGCCGAAUUGGACGCCCUUCGCAGCAAAGCAGCAGCAGCAGAGCAAUAUCUUGCGGAGCGAGACGAGGCCCUAAGCAGGUUAAAGGAGGUCCUCGACGAUCUUGAUCGCAAAACUGACGAGAAAGAACUUCUUCAAACUCGCCAUCACGCUCUAACGGAUGAAUCAGCUGGUUUACAGAGAGAAUUAGCUAACGUCCAGGCUACGAUUCGACGCCUUGAACAAGAAAUUGAAGACGAAAAACAGCGUAGCAUGGAUAACAAUCACGAUCUUCGCACUCAACAUCGAGAAGAAAUAGAGCGUUUAAAUGAAGAGAUUAUGUCUUUGCAUCAGGAGAUUGAGAAUAAGGAAGGGCAAUAUGCUCUUGACCAGGAUCGUUGGGAAAGCGCGAAGCGUACAUUACAGUCGCAGAAGGAUCGGGCUGAGGAGCAAGCCGCUGGGUAUAAGCGUACGAUUGAGAAGCUUCAGGACGUCGAAUUAACCGUUUCCGGACGCGCAGCAAAACUUCAAGAUGUGAUUGAUAGCGAAAAAGAACGCCAUUUACAGGAGGAGGCUGUCUUGAGUCGGCAGAUCAAGGAGCUGAGCGAUGAUAUCACGUCUAAGAGACACGUUAUCAGCGAGCAGCGGAGUGAGUUGCUCACAUUAAAGGAGGAUCUUCGAAUCAGUCGACGCGAGGAAGAAGUCCUUAAAGAGAAGGUUCAAGCGCUGGAGGACGAAAUCGCCAUACUGCGGGCAAGUCUACAGGAAGAAAAGGAAUAUUCGAAAGCCAAGAACCUUCAGGGGCCCUCCAGCCAAGACAGUCAAUUGCAGAAGGUUCUGAAUGAACGACAGAGCCUGCGGGAUCAACUUGCCAGUGCGGACGUUGAACUACACAGACUGCGCACAUCCACCGCAGAGGCCGAAGCCGAACGCGACUUGCUGCAAAAUGAGCUCAAUCAGAUUCAGAGCAAAUCUAAUGGAAACACUAACUUUGAUCACGAGAAGGUUGAGCUCCGCAAGGCCAAGCUUCGACUUGAAAAUGAGCUUCAGCGACUGAAAGACGAAAAGACAUUGUUGGAAGAAGCGCGAAAAUCAAUUGAGGAUGCAUUGAACGCAGAGAUUGAGCGUUCAACGGCGGAAGAAAACCGAUUGUCGAGCGAACUAGUUCAGCUACAAGAUAAAUUGCGAGCAACGUUAAGGACACGGGACAGAGAGUUAACCGUUGCGAAGAGCAAAGCGCACCAACUCGAAAGGAGGAUAGCCGAACUUGAGGUCAUAUUGGAGGAGCAGCAGCAGCCCGUCAAUGUAGAAAGCUCAUCGGUUGCUGCUGAUAUUCCUUUACUUCGUCAAAACCUUGACGACGCGCGAAAGCGAGAGAAAACAUUACUUGAACGUGAAGGCGAACACAAGAAGUCGAUACGUGAAUUGAGACACCGAAUCUCGGAGCUCGAAGAAGCGCUUCAUGAAGCUCAGAUGCAGAAAUUGAACAUUGCAUCCCCUGCAAGGUCAUCGCCCAACGGUUUACAAGAAGAACUACGGUCAAUGCGCACGAGGCUCAAGGACGCACAUUCAAUCGUGAUGGAACUCAAAACGAAGAAUCAAGAGCUAGAAAGAGGCGCGAUCAGAGCAGAAGACCGGAAAGAUCUUCAUGAACUACUAAAAUCAUCUACUCUUGAAGCUGAAUCGCUUGCUUUGAAACUCUCCGAAAAAGAACUUCAACUGAAUGAACUCAGGGCAUCGAUUCGUCGAAUCCGUGAGGAACGCAGCAUUGCGAUUAAGAAAUCAGACAAAGCGAACCAAGAAUGUGAAGUCCUUCAAGAACGGAUAGACUCACUCAUGGAAGAUGCGAAUACUAAAGCGAGUCGUAAGAACCGCCAUGAGAAAGAAAUCCGUGGACUCGGCAAGGAGAUCAUAUGGCUAAGGACGCGUCUGAGGAGAGAAGAAAAGUUCCGUCGUGAUUUGGCUUGGAGCAAAGGGCUUAUGGAACUUGGUGAACAGGUUCGAGUGGCUUGUAAUGAGGCUGAUCUUCGCAUGAUCGCUGAGAUGGGUAUCACCGCUCCCGAACCCAAGAAAGUCCACGAUGCGCGCCGUAAGCUCCGAACAGCAGGUUUUGCCGUGAUGGCUACUGUCCGGAUGCAAAGCAUGAGCCGAGAAUGGGCCAAGGCUAAGAAAAUCGGCGAGAGUCUUCGCCGUGCUAAGAAUGAACUCUCGAUGAAACGAGAUAGUCAGAGACGACGCGAAGGGUCACUUGGAUUGAAAGACGUUCCUGAUAUUUAGGAAUGGAAAAUUAUUGGCUUGAUUGGGGUUUCUAAGCAUUGGCGUUUCUGGAUUUUUUCGCCGGUCUUCUGAAAUCGUACAUAUUCUUAUAUCUUACAUUUUACUACUAUCCCUGAAGACUGGUUGAGUGUCUUCCUGAUUUGGUCUUGUUGAUUAUUGUUUUGUCAGGAUGCAUUUAUUGUUCGUCUCUUUUCCUCGUCAAUAAUGAUAUCCACGAAGCAUGGCAUGUAUUUAAAUUGAGUAUUGAUUCUGUACAGAGGUGAGAAUAGGUGUUUGAUUGAGUUUUUCUAUAAUAUACGACUUUGAGUGCAGUUCAACCUGAUUUCCAUCCCUAGAUUUUAUAUCCUUCCCCUUUGAAUGGUCUCCCUUAUCACCUAUAAAAGUGGAACUUUCAUUAUGUAUCAUAAAGUCUUCAUAAAGUAGUGGUUACAGGAUAAUAUAGCAUGAUGGCCUGAUUUAAGUUGACGGACACUUUUUCAGGCCAACCAAAGCAUUAACCGGACACGCUUCUAUCAGGCGCAGAAAGCCGGAGUCGUAGGAGAUUCAGCAUAGUUCUAUACCACUCGAAGGUCAUCUUGUAACCUGGAUAUAAAAAAUGCUACUUAUACAUAAACCCAAAGCGUCAAAGACGGUAGUAGGAAUGUGGUCAUCUGUUAGACAACCCCGUUACGGGUGUUAGAAUGUAAAGAGAUUUCAGCGAUGACCAAAAAUCUCAAUGGCAUCCAUCUCAUCCUCUUCGUCUUCUUCCACAUCGUUGUCGUCUUCGUCUUCAUCUUCUAUAUCAUUUGUAGUUCCGCUAUCAUUGUCACUGUCACUUUCGUCAUCACUUAACCCGGUGUGUUUCCUAAAAAAGGAGUAUUUUCGUAAAGGCGAAGUAGCCCAGAAGCCAGGUUCCUCCUCAUCAUCAUCGUCGUUGCCUCCUUCACUUCGACGACUAGAGAAGAUGGAUGCAGCCCAGGUUGAGUCUCGAGACAAUUCAAAGUAGUUCCCAACCGUAGGUGACACUGCCCGCCGGCGGGGUGGGAUCGGGUGUCCGUUGGCGGAAGUUGCAGUGGAUGGUCGCCGACGAUCAUUCGCAUCUCUGGAGAAAUGUUCCGCUCCCAAUCUAGUUGCUGACAUGGAUUCAAAGCUGUGGUCUGGGAUGUUAACGGGAAUAGCCCUGGUUCUCAAAACUAGCUCGGAUUCAGUAGUCUCGCCAUCUCCACGAAGAAGUCGAAGCUGUGCUGUAUUAUAUGAUUCACAC